AUGUGUGUGUGUGUGUGUGUGUGUGUGCAUGUGUGUAUGUGUGUGAGUGCACUCUUAGCCAAUUCCUCUGGAUUUUUAUUUUCACAUGUAACAUUAAGCUGGCCUCUGGGCCUUCUCCUCUACCUCCCUGUGACCUUCCCCAGCCUCCUAGCUGUUAACUCCCUGGGCCCUAGCCUCGUCCCUCGCUGUCCUCUGUCCUGGGGCCAGACCCUGGGCUCAGGCCCAUCCCCGUCAGCUGUCCAGCACGAGAUUUGCUCAGCCGGAGAGCUGCCUCUGGAGUCCAAUUGUCAUAUGUAUGUCACCCUCACUAGAACUGUCCCGUAA